AUCACAAGGCUCCCUAGGCCCUCAUCACCAUACGACGUGUACAAACGACAGGUUGGGGGCGCUGUUGCAAUUAUACGGCAUACGUCCACGACGCCACGCUGAAAAAUGGAAAGCCCUGAAGAAAUAUCAGAAAAUGGUGCAACAGAGCCAUCGCAAACCGAAACACCUGUUAUCAGUAGUGACUACGACCCAAGUAUUCCUACAGAUGAGAAAGAUGUUAGUGAUGGUAUCACACCCUCUAAGAUGAAAGUAGCGGAACUCCGCUCAGAACUGACGGUUCGGGGUCUGGACUCAAAGGGAGUCAAAGCUGCUCUCGUCCAACGUCUGGAGGAGGCAAUAUCGGCUGGUCCUGGAGGUGAAGCCAUUGUGGGAGCAGAAGAUGGGGAUGCGGAGGAGAAAGAAGAUGAUGCCAUUGUCUUAGAGGAGGUCAAAGAAGAUGAAGUGAUGGAAAUAAAAGACGCAGAGGACUCUGACGAUACAAUUACUGAGGAUCAGAAACAGCAAGAAGACGAACCCAUGGAGCAAGAAGCCACCAAGCCGCAAGAAUCAACAGAGGAUAAGAUGGAGGAACCCGAGACAGAGCAGCCAAAGGCUGAUCAGAAACCCGCCGAGGAGGCGGCCCAGCCAGCAGAAGAUGCCGGAACCACACAAAAAGAUCCUGUUAAACCAAAAGAGAAGGCGACUGAUGCUAAGACACAGUUGAAGACAAAAAAGGCAGAUGCUACUUCCACUAAGGAAGCUACUGAAGUCAAGAAAGUAGUGGAAGUCAAGCCAGUGGUGGAUGCUACCAAACCGGCAGCAGAGCCAGUCAAGAAAAGUGAGAAAAUGACAAAAGAAGAGAAGGCAAAGGCUGAUGCGGAGAAAGCUCCGCCACCAGAGCUUGAAAAAUACUGGAAGGCAGUCAAGGACAAACCCACGGACUUCACUGGAUGGACUUAUCUGCUGCAGUAUGUGGAGCAACAGGUUCAUAUGCCAUCAGUGAGGAAGGCCUUUGAUGCUUUCCUCGCUCGUUAUCCGUAUUGCUAUGGAUACUGGAAGAAGUACGCAGAUAUGGAACGAAGGAAGGCCAAUGACAUCGAGAAGGCACAAGAGGUGUUUGAGUCGGGCAUGAAGGCAAUCCCUCUUAGUGUGGAUCUGUGGUUGCAGUACAUCCAGUUUAUCGCUCAGACGGCUCCCAAGGACAGUAUCACCGACAGACUGAGAGAAGUGUACGCCAGGGCCAUCGCUGCUGCUGGUACCGAUUUCCGCUCAGACAAGUUGUGGGAUAUGUACAUCAGCUUUGAGAAGGACAGGAAGGAGUGGUAUAAAGUGACCAAGAUCUACGACCAACUCCUGACGAUCCCCACUCAGCUUUACAGUCACCAUUUUGAAAAAUUUAAAGAGCACGUUAAUAACAAGGGUCGCCAUCCCAAAGACAUCCUCUCUGUGGAUGAGUUCAUCAAGCUUCGCAUGGAGGUGGUUGACGAAUUGGGAGUAGCCGAGCCUGGGACAGAAAGCUUUGGGGACGACGGUGAUGUAGGGCCCCCAGGGGAUGAGGAAGCCCCACCUGGGGUGGACGUUGGAGUUCCAGGGAUGGAUCCUCUUAUGUCCGUCAAACCAGGUGCUAGCUCCAAGGUAAAGGUCUCCGCUCAAGUCGACGAAGAGAAUGAAGCUAUCCGAAAGAAAGUAAUCGAAUCACGUCUGACCAUCUAUCGCCUGACAGAGCAGGAAGUCAGUAAAAGAUGGGCUUAUGAGGAAGGGAUAAGAAGACCUUACUUCCACGCCAAGCCCCUUGAGAAGUCCCAGCUGAAGAACUGGCGGGAGUAUCUGGACUUUGAGACGACCAACGGCACCCACGAGAGAGUUUUGAUCCUGUAUGAGCGCUGCCUAGUGGCCUGUGCUCUCUAUGAGGAGUUCUGGAUGAAGUACGCCAAGUACCUUGAGCCGCACAGCAUUGAGGGUGUGAGCUCAGUCUACAGACGAGCCUGCAACAUCCAUCUUCCCAGAAAACCAAGUAUUCACCUUCGCUGGGCAGCAUUCGAGGAAAAACAAGGGAACAUGAACAUAGCCAAGGAGGUCCUCAAGAAGCUGGAGGAGAACUUGCCGGAACUCAUCAUGGUGACCCUGGAACGAGUGAGCCUGGAACGCCGGGUCAACAACAAAGAGGGGGUGGUGGACAUCUUGAAGAAUCGCAUCACGGCGCACAAUCAGCAACAGAUCAAAUUCUUCUUGAGCUCCAAGCUGUCCAGAUAUUACGCAAAGGUUCUCAAUGAUGUGAUGAGUGCCAGGAAGGUGCUGUAUGAAGUUCUUGAAGAGGCAAAGGAUAAAUCCAGAGUGUACCUGCAGCUACUGGACCUGGAGAUCCAGCAGAUUCCCAACAAUGAGCCCAUCAUCCUGGAUCUCUUCCAGAAGGGAGAACAGUCCAGCACCAGUGUGGACAACAAGAUGAAGUUCUCCCAGCGGCGACUCACAUACCUGAUGGACUUCGGAACUGAUGUGUCUAAAUUACAAACUGCGUAUGAGGAACACCAGGAGUUACUGAAGGGACAGCUGGAGAUCCUACAAGCUGCAAGCAAAAAGAGAACUGCGGAGGCAACUGAAACCAGUGGUAAUUCAAAGUCCCAGUCGCCCGGCGCUCAUGCUACUUCUGCUGUAGAGAGACCAGCCAGACCAGUUCACAAGAGCAAUGCAUUUCCAGCAUGGAAGAGAGGGUCUGACUUGAACUCUGUACACGGCACUCCGACCCAACCGGAGAAGAAGGCCAAGAAAGAGACCACAACCACUGCAGCUGCUGCAACGCCGUCGACGACACCAGCCAAGACCCCCGCGGUCACUUCAACGCCACCCCAGGGACAGAUGCCACCAGCCCAGCCCUACAACGGACCAGCGGACUACUCACAGUCUCCGCAACAAGCGGGCCAGAAUGCUGCCGCCUGGGGCAACUACAACCAGGGGGCCCCGUACGGCCCACAGGGUCCUCCUCCUAGUUAUGGGCCCCCUCCGGGACCAGGCGGUUACAAUGCACCUCCCAAUAACAACUACAAUCAGCAGUACCAGCAGUACCAACAAGCCUGGGGAAACUUCAACCAGGGUUACUACCCACGUUAACAUAAGCCUCACCUCACCUUAUCAUUAUGAUGUCUGUGAAGAUACUGGCUUAACUUGUGAAACCAUAGUCCCAUGCUACAGCAGAGUAGAUCAACCAACUGGAUGAUUGCUUUUUUUCUGCUGCACUGUUAGACUGUUACACUUCUUGAUGACCUAUUAAGGAUUUGACUGUGCAAGUCUCGCAUGUAAUCAAAUUGCUUUUGGACCAUGGUCCCUUGUUUGUGUUAAGAUAAUCUUCCCAUCAAGGGAACUCGGCAAACUCCCACAAAGGGAUAUCAACACCAAGCCGGCAAAAGCCAAUCUCUCUCAUACAAACAUUGGUUAAACAUUGGUCAUUAAUUAAUAAUUGCUUCGUAUUGGCAUGAAGUAUGAACCGGGUUUAGUCCAAUUAAUUGAAUACGUGCGAGACUGGCACAGUCUAUUAACUUGGGUCAAUUUGUAUAAACAAACAAGUACACUGGUUCAUUUGUUUGCAUUUGUUAUGAGAAUGUAUUGUUUAUGUUAUUCGGUCGGCCAGUGAGACUUAAAAUCAUUAGCAAAUUCAGCUUGUAAAAUAUAUUUAAGAAGUAAUAUGUUUUACCUGUAUGGCAGUUACAGGUUGAAUAGCUUCUGAAUGGCACCCAAACGAAGGUAUCUUUGGUAAGAGUGCCAGCACGUUAAUCUGGAUGUAGCAGGUUCAAAUCCCGAUCUAGUAAAUUUUUCUUUUGUUCAUUCCAGAAUUUAUUUGAAACUCACUCAACUGGUAUCAUGAUGAGAACACCAUUGUUAGAUGAUGACUCUUAAGUUAAUAAUAAGAAAAAAAACAGUAUUUGCUGGAGAUUGUUCAAAAUGUAGUGUAGUCAUGAAUAUGGACUAGGUUUUUUUGUCUUUAAUGGUAUAACGUUCAUGAAGUUUUAAAGAACCCAUGUUGAGUAUGAAAUGCAUUAAAAUACCAUAAGUAUAACAUUAAACGUGCUUGUGGUUAUUUUUAUUCAUUAGGUAAUAUUUUGCUUUUGUAUUAGUUCAGUUCCACAAACCUUUGCUCAGUAGGGUUUUAAUUUUACAACAUUCAGGGAAUGUGAAAAUAGAACAUGCUGUAGCAAACUCCUUACCAACCAAAAGGACCUAUGGUAUUAUGCAAAAAACAGAUAAUGCCCCGACAAUUCGACCCUAGCGGCAGUAGAGUCUUUCUCUAAGGGAAUGUUACAAAACUUGCUCUUUCAUGGUUUUAGUUGUAAUUUGAGCGUGACGACAGUUUUUCUGUUAAAGGUAUUUACUACUUGAUUUUGAAUCACAUCAGGUGAUCAACAGCCACAGCCACCACUUCAAACGUAGGUUAAUUUAAACUUUUUUUGAUGAAGACCAAAACAACUUAUUUGCUUUGCCUGACAUGAUGAAACAAACUCACUUCUAUUAAAGAUGCAUCGUUUUUUCCCCGCCAUUAUGUUAUUAUUUCAAACUGUCUUGUGUUUCUUCAUUUUCUGUACUUUUUCAAAUAAAAAUACUGAAGAGAA